GAGAGAGAGAGAGAGAGAGAGAGAGAGCACUGAGUGAAGAGCAUAGAUUUUCAUCCAAUUCUAUAUCUGUUUUUCUAAUCCUCGACUGCCGCUGCUUUGCAAAGCGGUGGUUCUACGGUUGUUGGGAAGAUACAUAUUUUAUUUCUCCGUGUCUCCGUAUUGUUUCAAAUACAGCUCUCUUCACUGGCAGUUCGUCCUUGUUGCGCCUGUUGAAGUGUAUAGCCUAUUAAUUUCGAACUUCUAUUUUCUCAGCGACACUUGAACUGCACCAUGAACAGUUUGAGGGGACCACCCGAGCGGGUACAUUUGGAAUGGUGUGGAUUACGCAGUCAAGAACCGGAGAACAUGUAAACGCAUAUGGAGUUUGGGAUUUAUUGUCAAAUAUGGGAAAGAUGACCGUCUUGUCUUUGUGCUUUCUCUUUUGCACGAAUCUACUGGAUUUAGCCGUUGGAUAUUUGACUGUAACCAUUGAACCUCUGCCACCUGUUGUUGUCGGGGAGACGGUGACGCUGAAGUGCAACUUUAAAACUGAUGGGAGACUGCGAGAGAUUGUCUGGUACCGGGUUACAGAAGGGGGCACCAUCAAGCAGAAGAUCUUCACGUACGACGCCAUGUUCAACACCAACUACUCUCACAUGGAGGACUACAGGAGGAGAGAGGACUUGGUGUACCAGUCGACAGUCCGGCUUCCAGAAGUGCGGAUCUCGGACAACGGGCCUUACGAAUGCCACGUGGGCAUCUACGACCGGGCCACCAGGGAGAAGGUGGUCCUGGCCUCAGGGAACGUCUUUCUCACCGUCAUGUCGCCCCCAAACAACAUCUCGGUGGUGGCGGAGAACACUCCAGCCCCCUUCAGCCGCUACCAGGCGCAGAACUUCACGCUGGUGUGCAACGCCAAGGGAGGCAAGCCUGCACCCACGGUGUAUUUUAAGCGGGAUGGGGAGUUGAUAGAGGUCAUCUCGUACACCCUGCCCGGCGACGAGGGCGGAGGAGGCGGCUCGGCGGCGGUGCGCGGGGCCCGGCCACUCAUCAGCCGGGACCUGGACGACACCAAGCUGCAGAAGUCGCUCUCGCUGCUGGGGCCGGACGGGCGGCCAGGGCGCCUGUACACGGAGAGCCCGAAGCCCCGGGGCGGCUUCACGGCGGGUCAGCAGCCGCUCGGCCACGAGCCCAGUCCGGCCACGGAGGUGAUCCCGGAGACAGUGGUGAACCGAGAGUUCCCGCGCUGGGUGCAGAGCACCGACCCGCUGUACUUCUUCAGCAGCACUCACGUGCCGCAGAGCGACGGCUCGGUCAUGGUGCAGGCCAAGCUCACGUGGACACUCAACCCGCAGGUGGACAACGACGCGCUGUUCAGCUGCGAGGUCAAGCACCCGGCACUCUCCAUGCCUAUGCAGACAGAGGUUAUACUGGCGGCUCCUAAGGGGCCCAAGCUGCUGAUGACCCCAACCCGAGCGAAGGUAGGGGACACAGUGCGCAUCACUGUUCAAGGAUUCCAGGUAGGAGCUCCUGUGAAUGAAGUGUUUCCUGAGCCGCUGUACACCUGGACGCGGGUGGGCGGCAGGCUGCUGGACGGCAGCACGGAGCGCGAUGGCAAGGAGCUGAUCCUGGAGCGCGUGCCCGCCGAGCUCAACGGCUCCAUGUACCGCUGCACGGCGCAGAACCCGCUGGGCUCCACCGACACACACACGCGCCUCAUCGUGUUCGAAAAUCCAGCAAUGCAAAGCCCUGUGGAUAACAUCAAUGCGGCGCCUCGGGUGGGAGUGAUUGGACUGACAUGGAUAAUCCUCACCUUCACAGUGACUGUGGAGAUGACGUGAACCCCCAUACACACACAUGCACCUACACACAAAUACCACCGCCACACACAUAAAUACACACACAUAUCUACACACACACAUGCACACAAACACACACACACACACACACACACACACAGAGUAUACUACAGCAGACCCUCCCAAUGUUCAUCAACCGUAGGAGAGAAGUUGGAGGGCAGGAAUGUUAUUCCACUCUUUUUUAUAUUAAACAAUACAUACAUUUAAAAAAAAACAUAUAAAGAUAUUAUAUAAUACACAUAUUAAGAGACAAACAUAAGAGAAGAAGAAAACAAGUGCUAUCUUUAAUAAACCCUGUGUCCCAUGCUAGCCCCAUCCUCCAAACUGACAUAUAUACAGUACACUUACAGUACAUACCCACACACACACACAUACACACACGUGCCCCACAACACACACAGGCACACAGAUACAUGCUUUUCUCAUUUUUGUUUGACUUGUUAGUUUUCUUCAUUAAUUUGUUUUUCCCUACUCUACCUGUGGAUCAAUACAACAAAAAAAUCUUCUCUUUGAAAAAGAGCGCCUGGAGGAGCGCCUGAGUUUAUUCUGUGUGCUCAGACCGUGCUGUCGCUCAUGUGGAGGAGGACUGGACUAAAGAGAGAGAGAGAGAGAGAGAGAGAGAGAGAGAAACAGAGGGAACGAGAGAGACCCUUCUGUUCUUUGGGCCAUGGCUCCUAACACCUCAUCACAGGUAUCCAUGGGAACAAAAUGGGGGAAACAUAGGAGACUUAUUUUUUUCUCUUUUGAGGGGCAUCCGUCUUCUCUUUUGAGGGGCAUCCGUUGACUUUUUUUGUUGUAUGGAAGAGAUUUUUUUGUUGUUGCCUCUCCAUUCUUUCUUUCUUUCUCCUCUGGAAUGGCUCAUGGCUGGAAUGUACAAGAAGUUAAAAAAAAAAACGAAAAAAAACAAACAAAAAAACUUAAGUCUUGUGAACUCUAGUGUGAUUUUUCUGAACAGACGUGGAGAAGCCUCUUUUUAAGUGUAUUUUUGUGUACAUCCCUGUAAAUAAUGGAAAUUAUAAACGAGAAAAUUUUAAAAAGAAGCUAUAGGGGUUCGGGGCCGGCUUCUCCUUGGGGAAACGGAAGCUGGGAGGUCCACAGUUCAUCACUUUUUUGUUUUGUUUUCUCUCCUCUAUCUGUGUCUGGUCAUCCCGUGUUCAUUUUGUUUUGGACAAAACGAGAAGAUAGAACAAAAACCAAACUCUUGAAACUAAACUUUGGAACUACUGAAUAAUCAAAGAGCCAACACAUGACUCCCUCCCUUCUGUGUUGACAAAGCAUCGGUGUGGCAGACGAGUGAGAGAAAAGCAAACAAUCACAAAACAUGCCGCGUGUCUGACUCUUUGCUGCAUGUGAAUAAUGUCUCUCUCCCUCCCCUCCAUAUGUCAGCAGUGGUUCCUUCCACAUCCACCCAGCCCACACACCCUCCACCAAUACUCUCCACCUGCCCACUGCAUCACAUAAUCUCACUGAUGUGUAAUCUGUUAUCUACCUGGUGCAUAUUAUCUUAAGUGAUCUGCAUUGUGUACAGUACGUAACUCUUGCCUAACAUUUACUGGUAGCGUCAUGUUAGCCAUCAUACUCCACCCUGCGCCACCACUUCCACCCUUUUACCCCCACCUCCCACAACCAACCCCCCCCCCCCCCCCCCCACACACACACACACACACACACACACACACACACUCACCUCCCCUGCCCCUGCCCCCUCGGUACAAGCUCAAGUGAAGUUGAGUGUAAACAGGGUUGUUGCAUUUGUUUCAUAUCACCUGUAUUAAAAUGGAGAUGAUCAACUGAA